UCACUAUUGAAAUCAUUUGUUUUCAAAACUCCCUACACGUGCAACAGUAUUCGUCAAAUAUUAUUUAUUUUAUUACAUUAUGGGACGAAAGAUACAAAAUAAGAAAAAGGUUCAGCAACUUGAGAUUGUGCCUAUGGAUGAGAAUCCUCCACUACCGGCGCAAAGAACUUCGGAGGAUGUGGUGCCCAAAAGAGAAAAAUGGAUAAAUAAGCAACGUGUUCUAGUUUUUGCUGCAAGAGGUAUUAACCAUCGCGAUCGUCAUCUGUUGCGCGAUAUAAGAAGUCUCAUGCCACAUCAUCGUCCAGAAUCAAAAAUGGAACGUUCGAAAACCCUAUCUGUAAUUAAUGAAAUGUGUGAGAUGAAGCACUGCAACAAAACUAUACUCUUUGAAGGACGCCGCAAACGUGAUUUAUAUAUGUGGGUUGCGAAUGCACCAGUAGGACCCUCAGCAAAGUUCCUUGUUGAAAAUAUUCAUACAAUGGCGGAACUGAAAAUGACCGGUAACUGUUUGCGUGGAUCUAGACCAUUAUUAUCAUUUGAUGCUAAAUUUGAUGAAGUCCCACAUUUGAAAUUAUUGAAAGAAUUAUUCACACAAACAUUCGGUGUACCUAACCAUCAUCCAAAGAGUCAACCUUUUGUAGAUCAUGUCUAUACUUUUACAUUUUUGGAUAAUCGCGUAUUUUUCAGAAACUUUCAAAUUCUCUCCGAAGACGGUGGCUUAGCCGAGAUCGGACCUAGAUUUGUUAUGAAUCCCGUUAAAAUAUUUGAAGGUUCAUUCAGUGGCAAUGCUAUUUGGGAAAAUCCCAACUAUGUUAGCCCAUCGCGUCAACGUCAAAUGCUAAAGAAGGCCGCAAAGGAGAGAUACGUGAAUCGGGUAGAGCAGAAAGUACAUCAAGAAGUUAAUAGACCAAAGGAGGCAUACGAAGGUUUAGAGUACGAGGAGUUGUUUGAAAACGAGGAUGCCAUAACCACAGCAAAAUUGUUAGCGGAGAAAGCCAAGAAAAAGUUGGCGGUGGAUCCCAGUAAAGAAAAGUCUACCAAGUCAGCAUUGACGAAGAAAAUCAAAGAGAAACAACUUAAGGCUGCAGUUGAACUGAUUGCGAAAAAGAAAGCAAAAGUAUCGAACAAGAAAAAAGAAAAUACAUUGGAAUAAAAAAUUUAUUUGACUUUUGUUCUUUUAAAUAGGUUAUUUAGAUAUGGUAAAUAAAUGGAACAUUAUUAAAAAUAUUGUAA